GGAAGAAGCAAGGUUUUUAUCCGGUGUUGGCGAUCAAGUGAGGGAGCUCGAGAUCCAGCUCAAAGAGAUGAAGUGUCUCCUUGAAGAUGCUGACAAAAGACGGCAUGAAAGCAAAAGCAUUUCUAAUUGGAUCUCGGAGAUCAGAGAUCUUGCAUACAGAGCCGAAUCCGCCAUUGAAUUACACGCAGCUCGAGUGUCUUCGAGGAGAUCAAGACAAGGCCUCAGGCAGCUCAUCCGCAGAUAUUCUUGUAUUUUUGAAGAAUGCUACUUGAUCCACCAAGUAGGCUCCGAGAUUGCAAAAAUCAAAUCCGAUCUCGGAAGAGUCACUCAAGACAUGCGAGCCUAUGGAAUAAAUAAAAUCAUCGAUCUCGGAGAGGGACACAGCCAAGCUCAAGGCACGACCCGGCAGUUGUCCUGCUCCAUCUCUGGCGGGGGGAAAGCUCGGCCGCGGACAACAACAAAACUUGGUCGCGGAAAACCUUUCCCGAUUUCGAGAUUGAUGAGUGUUUCGUGGGCAUGGAGGAAGAGCUGAAGCAGCUUGAAUCUCUGCUAGUCGAGGACAAAGAGCAUCGAGUUAUCUCAGUAUGGGGUAUGGGAGGUUUGGGCAAGACCACCAUUGCCAGAAAGGUGUACAACCACAUUAAAGAGACCAAAAA